AUGUCAAGAAUCCAAGAAUCAGGUAUGUUUUCAGGUAGAAAAGGUGGUGGGAGUUGGUACGAAGACUAUACUAACAAUAAAGAUAAUUUAAAUGGGCAUGAUAGACGACAAACGAAAGGAAGAUUUGGAUGGGUGAAGAGGCUAAUGCAAGGACAGAAUAGGAACCAGAAUGGCACGUUGGUGUCAACAUCUAACAUGACGGAGAAUAAUGGAUAUGCUAAUUCAAGAGUGAGGGAAUCAAGAGGGACAGGAUCUUCACAAAGGUCGCAAUCGUUUAGUGGUGGAGAGUCAUAUGAAUACAACACAGACAAUGAUGUAAAUGGUAUGGACCAGAGCGAAGAAAUCGACUCAUCUAACGACAACCAUGAAGCUCGUAGUACCACCAAUAGUGAUCAGCUAACCACACAAUCAGAAAAUGACAAUAUAAGUACAAUCCCGUUGAAGUCAAUGACUUCUGCAUCUACAAAAUCGCCAUCCGUGUUGAGUACAAACCAAGAUAACAAUUCAUACGUUGCCUCCACUGCGGAAACGUCACUAGCUCCAAGCAUACAUGCGAAUUCAGUAACUCAAACAUUGAACCCCAAUAGUCAGUUACAACUGCAGACAUAUGAUAGAGACAGUGAAUCCAUAGUCACAUUGGCAAGUUCGUCUCGCAGAACCAGAAGAAGAAGUCUUGAGACGAACAGCAGCACCGCUGGUAUUCCACCGGCAAGUAUCAUGGAAAGACUAGCAAUUCAUCCAAAUGCUGCCAGUAGUACUUAUACUGCAAGUAUCCAUAAUGCAAAUGAUAGAACAAGCAUUUAUAACGGGAAUAUGGGGGUUUCCCAAUCGAGUGUUACAGACUCCAAUGACCAAGCAAAUUCAGUCAAUUGA